AUUUUAUGAAAUCUGGGCAAAAUCCACGAAAUGUUCCCGAUUACAAUCACCGAAGAUUAUGCAUUUGUUUUAUGUUUUUUUUUCUGUAUUCGUUUGAUUGUAUAAUCAUUCGUAUCCAAGGAUCAAUUAAGUUGUGGCAAGGUUUAUCGGAAUGACAUCUGUCUCGAAAGGUCAUCGAUCUAACCCCGGGUCUGUGUGAGGCAGUAGUGUGAGAGCUUAUCCAAGCAGCGACUCUCUCAUUAUGGACCAAUCGUUACGCAGCGCCCUGGACCGAGCGUCAAGCUCCACCAAUAGGAGAUCAACAAACUGAAGGAGAGAGACACACUGAGAGAGUACACUAAGAAGUACUGAUCUCCUCUGGACCAUCUCCUCCUCUCACUCUGGACCAUGUCAACAAACAACACUGACCGCGGCGCUGCCCUCUGCUGCUGUGCCUCCGCCGUUCCGGACACUCAGCUGCUCUCUCUUUCCAAAUUACGCACUAAGAAAAACAGAUCUGCUCUCUCUCUCCACAUUAAGCACUAAGAAAACAAGAUCUGCUCACUUUUAUUAUUCGGCGCAGCUCGUGAAGAGGCAGGAGCUCAAACCCGGACACUACGGUUCAUUUCGGGAAAGCGCGACUUUGGAUAACCGGUUCGGAGCUCAACAACGUCAGGGAGCCUUUGUUGAAGGAACUUUUAUUUCCAUUGGAAACCAUUAGGUAAACCAGUCCACAGGACUCCGCCGGGGGACGGGGUCGUUGAGGCAUCCCCAGGAUGAUGCGCCCCACGCUGGCUCACAACUACCCCCGCACCGGCUUCCCUCUGGAAGUCUCCUCCCCGCUGGGACAGGGGCGUGUGAACCAGCUGGGAGGGGUGUUCAUCAACGGCCGACCCCUGCCCAACCACAUCCGCCACCAGAUCGUGGAGAUGGCCCACCACGGUGUCCGGCCCUGCGUCAUCUCCCGUCAGCUACGCGUGUCUCACGGCUGCGUGUCCAAGAUCCUGUGCCGGUACCAGGAGACGGGAUCCAUCCGGCCCGGGGCCAUCGGCGGGAUCAAGUCCAAGCAGGGCGCCGCUGCGGAUGGGGAGACACGGAUAGAGGAGUACAAGCGAGACAACCCAGAGGGCUCCAUCAGUCGCAUCGUGCGCUGUAAGUUUGGCGGGAAGCUGGAGGAGGAGGAGGAGGAGGAGGAGGUGGAGAGCAAGGAGCUGGAGGAGAGCGAGCGGCGGGCCAAACACAGCAUCGAGGGGAUCCUGGGUGACAGAUCGAGCCUCUCUGACGACUGCUCGGAGGGGGAGUCGGAGCCCAGCCUGCCCCUGAAGAGGAAGCAGAGGAGGAGCCGCACCACCUUUACGGCGGAGCAGCUAGAUGAGCUGGAGCGUGCCUUCGAGAGAACCCACUACCCCGACAUCUACACCCGUGAGGAGCUGGCCCAGCGCGCCAAGCUGACAGAGGCCCGCGUGCAGGUCUGGUUCAGCAACAGGCGAGCACGCUGGCGUAAGCAGGCAGGAGCCAAUCAGCUCAUGGUGUUUAAUCAGCUGAUCCCAGGGGGGUUCCCGCCCUCAGCCAUGUCCGGGAUCCCCUCGUAUCAGCUGUCUGACAGCCCCUACCCAUCCCCGUCACAAGGGUCUGAGCCCCCCCCCAGCACGGUGCACCGUCCCCAGCCGCUGCCCCCCUCCUCGGGGCACCAGGGCUCCGCAGGAGGGCAGGGGGACGGGGCCUACUGCCUGGCCCCCGCACGCCACUCCUUCUCUGGCUACUCGGACAGUUUCGGGGGCCCCCCCAACCCCAUGAACCCCCCGCUGGGGAGCGUACUGCCUCCGCAGGUGAUGGGUCUCCUGAACCCCGGCGGCACACCCCUCCAGCCCCAGAGCGAAUACUCCCUCUCCCCGCCCACCACCAACUGCAGCCUGGGUAGCGGGUCGGUCUCCACGCCUAGCUCCCAGACCUACUGCCCGGCCUCCUACGGGGCCUACAGCGUGGACCACGUGGCCUCCUACCAGUAUGGCCAGUAUGGACAAGGUGCCCUUCCUUACCUGAGGCCUGAGAUCACCUAAGGACUUGGAGCGGACCUCAUGAGGAACACCCCGCGUGCGUGUGCGUGAGUGUGCAUGUGUGUGUGUGUGUGUGUGUGUGCGUGCGUGUUUACGUGCGUGCUUGUGUGUGCCUGUGUGCUUGUGUGUGUGUGCCUGCGUGCGUGCAUGCUUGCGUGUGCGUGUGUGUGUACACAGAUGGUGUUCUUCAACUCACAGCUGGGUCCGCCCAUGAAGCUCUCCACAUCCUCCCCCUCCUCCCCGAUCCCUACCCCCCUCUUUCUCUCUUUGUCUCCCCCGCUUGUCCCCUGGGCUCUGGUGAUGUGAGGCGACACUGGGGCAGGAGCAUGGCGUGAGCAGGCGGGCCCGCUGGACGCUCCUCUUCAAGGAAAGGCCUUUGGAGGGGUCAGGGGUGACCUCAGAGAGAGUGACAGAUGAGAGAGUGGAACAGAGAAGGGUGGGGGGGGGGAAAGAAACCUUUGAGGGGGACACGGCUGUAUCGAUCACUGGG